AAGCAAAUAAAUAGCAAACCAGAAACAGAGGCAAGCMACGUUCUGCACCAUGUCACGGAAGAACAAAAAGAAGAAAAGCAAAAACAAGGGAAAUGCUCGGUUCGGCCGCGAGCGGCGUCCCCUCAACGCUGCAACCCCCUCCCAAUCGAAUCCCCAGGAUCCCAAGCAAAAUGAGGCCACUCCGCUGCCUUGGGAGAACCUGAAAAAGGCCGAUCUCGGUAAAGGAUUCCCAACGGUUUAUUGUCGGUACAAGGCAGCGACAAAUCGGUUCGUUGCAUACUUGAUCGAACAGUGCCCUUCCGUAAUGGGACAACGGGAGGGCAGCAGCAACGACAACUACGCCAUCGAUUCCCUCAUGGAAGCCUCCGAUAUGUUGGCCAACACCGUUCACACAAUAGAUCGAUACGUCCUCAGUGACCUGAAGCUAGCGAUCCGGAUCCGCUCAAAGGUUGCCAGAUCGGUAUACGGUGGAGGUGAUAUAGGCCACAAGUACUUUUUGGAUGUUCUGAUCUAUUGCUGGUCAGUUUUGAAUGCGUUGCCUAAGGUACCAACGGUGAUCAAGGAGGGGGAAGAUAGCUCCGAUGUGGAUGGAGGCCGGAAGAACAUGUUCGAGACCCUAGCAGAAGAAGACAACGAGGACGAUGAAGAUUCCGCUGAUGCAGAAGACGACGUGCGUAUGUUCCCACCUGCACCGGUAGAGCGCCCAUCCUUGUUGCCACAGCCCCUGACACUAGACGAAUUGAUGAAGAGCGACGAGCGCGCUGACUCUAUCUUAUUUCUAUUGGAGCUGGAAAGAAACAUGGAGGCUGUUGUGAUGCAAUACGGAUACGUGGCUUCAAGUUUUGAGUUCUCUCUGGGUAUUUGCUGCCCGGGGAGCGCCAUCGUCAAGAAGCUUCUGGGGGCGGCUGUUGUCACCAGCAUGGCCAUUGAACAGGUUCGCCGGCACGAAAUGGCUCUCAUGAUCCAUCACGAGCAUCUCACGACCCCCUAUCGCGUCCUGGCCACGGUAUUCUUUCCAGAAAUCACGCGUGAAGUAAUGGCGACCGUGCGGGAACACGCCGAAGGCAGCUGCACCGAGAAAGAUGUCACCGUGUACCUGGGGGAUUGCAUCGAGUGCUACUUUCGAACUGCGAGUGACCAAUACAACCGAAAAGACGAAAUUACCCAAGAAUUCUGCGACAAAUGGGAGGUCAACCCGACCGGCACCAAAGAAAUGGAGCAAUAUUUCUGGGCGAUACAUGCAUGCGUGAAUUACGAGCUCGGCAUGGGAUCCAAAACUGAGGAUGGCGACUUGGACGAGCGACAGCAAAUGUCCGACGGAGUCCUCCCCGAGCCCUAUAGCUGGUUCAGGGGUAUGCCGGCCAUCGGCGGGGAUCGAGCCAUCCACCACACACUGCGCCUCCUACAGGGCUUUCGGAACGCCAUCCACAAUAGCCCUCGCGACUGUCUCCCAAUGCCGAUCCGCGGCUUCUUUGGAAAGUUCCCCUGGAUCCCACGCAAGAGAAAAAUCCGGGACCUUGACGGGCUGCUCAUGACCGACAUCCUACCGGGCUGGACGGAAAUGUUCUUCCGUGGGGUGCUCGAGGAGACCAAAUUACCCCGCGAGGACGAACUUUGCCCCUUGAUAGGCCUCAUGCGGACCUACGUGGCGGAAUCGGAGAAGCCCGUCUCGUGGUCCAUCGUGUUUGGCAUACACGCAAUGCUCACCGCAAUUCUGGAGGUCGAACCGAUCUUCGACAAGCUGGUGCAGGUUGGAAAGCAGGUCUUUAAGAAUUACUUUUCACAGCUUGAGUGGGCCAGGAAGCUUCUCUGCAUCGACCAUAAGGCCAACUCUCCCGUGCCCAUGCCGGACAGCUGGUGCCAGAAUUUUGAUAGUGUUCGCUCUCUUGAAAAUUUUAGCCAGCCGAGCUUUGGCAACCGAAUGCUCUGGAAUCCUCUAUGCGCUGGAAGUAUUCUCUCCUACCUAUGCUACUAUGGAAACCUCGAGCUCGGCUGCCACAUGAUCGAUUGCAAUUCCCAGCUGCGGAUUGUCCUCUACCUGUACCAUGCCCUGCUGGAAAAUAGUAUUCUCAGUAAAGGGAAGGCCCUCGUGCUGGAUAUGCUAUAUGACAGGUUCCGCCACAGCAAGGCGAUCUGGGGGGGAUCCACCCUACCGAAACGAGGUGAAAUCGUCCGCAGAUUCUGGUUCUGUUUCGGGAAAGACUUCAUCGAUUCCAGGAGACUGUCCGACGACGCAAACCAAACCAUUCGGGCGAUGCAGCUUGGAAAACCACUGACCAAGACUGCCCAUGCUAGCAGCCCCCCGUCCCGGCUGGACAAGCGGAGGGUCGUCCCCAUCAAAGUCUCCGAGGUCUCCAAGAGCUACCGAAGGAUUUGCCACCGCGAUUUUCACGACGUCGUCGACACGCACCACACACCCCAGGAGCGCCGCGAGUAUGAGGGGACAGAUUUCUACCGCUUCGCGGUCCGUGCUAACGACACGAUCGAUGCCAUGAAAGACGAGGAAUUCUUACUAUCCAUGAACCUGAUUUCUUGCGGAGCCGUCGUCGAGCAGUUUGUUGAUAACCUCGGUCGCACGAUGCAGUGGGAACAAAAGAUUUUUGAACCAACGGCUCCGAAAGGCAGUCGGGGGCCGAAGGAGAGGCGGCAGUUCCUUAUCUUUGUCUUUGCGCAGUACCUGCUGGGAGCCCUUGACUUUGCCAAAGACCCCUACAACUUUGAAUUUCUUGAUGUGCCCCUGGGAAAGGCGUCCUCCUCGUUCCAGACGAAAUUUUUUACAGGGCUCAACCCCCAGAACCUGAUUUGGUUCGAUGGCAGGAAUAAGAGCAAGAAUAGGAAGACCACCACCCACUUUUCCACAAUUUGAAAUCAAGCUGCUCCGAGCUCCGCGUGGCCAUUACGACGUACGGAAAAUGCGAUGCAAUUUCGAACUUCUACAACUUACAAUGGCAAUGCCGUUGAGCAUAUUGUUGCUUGCUGAGACACUUGCAGACCCCCACCGUGUCUUUUCGAUAUCUUCGCAUUUCUGUUGCCACUAUUCCUACUAGCACAAUAGCAUUACCCACAACUCAGGCU